CAGCUCUGUUAUCCAGCUUUGACGACCUACUGCUUGUUUCGUCUCUAAGCCCGUAAGCCGUGCACUGGCCUGACAGAGUUGGCUUCCCGUUUCCGACUUCUUUGUUCUGGCUGUUUGGAAUUGUUGAAUUGGAAUCGAAGCGACGACAAAGAAAGAAAAAGGGAACCCCGAAUCUGAAUUCUGAAGUCAUGUUGCCUCUUCGCCUGCUCUAACUCUCUGCUCUUCGGAGUCUUCACGUCCUUUUCGCGUGCUCUCGCAUUCAGAAAUCUUAAUGUGUCAAUUGACUCUUGCCUUAGCGGUUCAGCCCCUCUUGCUCUUCUACACAGUUACAAGGAGUAACCAUGCUUGUUUUAGUGGCUAAUAACAAGUAAUACAACAUGGUUGUUAAUAACAAGUAAUAACAAGUAAUACAACAUGCUUCGGACGACAAUUUAGUUUCAAGGCAUGGUAGCGGGCCUACAUUUCAUGUUUACAUUCUUCCUCCAAAAAACAAUUAGCAUGGUUGUUAUCAAUGGCUCAUGCAAUUGAAAGACUGAAUUGCACAUAUAUAAUUUAUGUGGAUUUGAUUCGGCGACUACUCUAUCUAAAGUUUGGGAAUGAGCUGACGACCAUGCUAGACCCUUGCGCCUGCUUUCAAAUAAUGAGAUUGCUAUUACAAGAAACCAGACUGCAAUGACAAUUGAGGGCUCUUCCAAUACAACAGGUCAUGGGCAUGCUCCCAUUUUGCCUACAAGUACUCAGAGUCUCAGAGUGACACGUUUACCCCUACACUGCAUGUUCAGACUCCAACGCGAUCAUGUCAGAUACUCCUCCACUUCAGCCUUCUCCUGGAACUCUAUAACGCCCAUAUGCUCCUCCUUUGCCUCAACCAUUCCUCUCACCUUCACCUCCUCCAUUACUUACUCAUGUUACUAUUUUUCAAAUAAUGAGAUUGCUAUUACAAGAAAUCAGGACGAUGUAUUCAUUGACAUAGUUCAUCAGGCACUGCUGAAUGUUCUCCACGGAAAGGUGAAUUUGAAGAAAUAUAUCAAUGGUAGAUAAUCUCUAUAGUAUGAUGAGUUUUAUUGAAGGCUUCCCAUACACUCCCAAGAAGUUGGUUGACAUUUUGAACUGUAUCAAUACUACUACAAACUUUUUCCCCAGUAUGCGAAUAAAUUUUCCAGGUGCUUUAUUGCAAUAUCCCAUGACAAAGUUGAUAAUGAUUACAGUGAAGAUUAUUAUUAACUUAGGGGUUGAUUAUUUGUUUCAUAUUAAGUCCUUUUUGGAUUAAUAUGCUUAUCUCAAUUAAGACAUUUGGAUACAUUCCUGUGUAAGACUUUUUCUGUGUGAUGAAUAGAUAGUCUGAAUUGAAUAAAAUUACCCAUU